CCCCUUAUUAGCAGUACCUGCUAACCUGGGAAAAUGGCUAGUUCCCGCAGAAACACACUGCAAGUGAAUGAGCAGCGCCACUAUGGCUCCACGUUGUCUUUAGAAGAGAAAUGUGAGCAGUCUUUCUUCCUCUUUUACUACUACAGGGUGGAAGAUGAGGCGGUGCUGGACAGAGGGGCAUCGUUACUCAAACACAUGUGUGAUGAAAAGGAAGUUGAAGGUCACCACACUAUAUACAUUGGUGUGCAUGUGCCUAAGAGCUACCGACGACGGAGACGCCAUCGCCGGCGCAUCAGCCACAAGGACAGAAAGGAGAAAGUGACCGAGAAUGCUUCAGACAGGUCGGAUGCUGAGAACAAUGAAGAGGCCAGCAACAGCAUCCUCAAACCACUCAUCUCACCUGCGGCAGAGCGCAUCCGAUUCAUCCUGGGAGAGGACGAUGAUGGUCCAGCACCUCCUCAGCUCUUCACAGAGCUGGACGAGCUGCUGUCUGUUGAUGGCCAAGAGAUGGAGUGGAAGGAAACUGCCAGGUGGAUCAAGUUUGAAGAGAAGGUGGAAAAAGGUGGAGAGCGAUGGAGUAAACCGCAUGUGGCCACUCUGUCCCUACACAGUCUUUUUGAGCUUAGAACAUGUAUAGAAAAGGGCACCGUCAUGUUGGAUCUAGAGGCCUCCACUCUGCCAGGGGUCGUUGAAAUGAUCACUGACAGUCAGAUUGAGACUGGACUCUUGAAAGCUGACCUAAAAGAUAAGGUCAUGUACACGUUGCUGAGGAAACAUCGUCACCAAACCAAGAAGUCCAAUCUUCGCUCCCUAGCUGACAUUGGCAAGACGGUCUCCAGUGCAAGUAGGCUGUUUUCCACCCCGGAUAAUGCACGUAGUCCACUUGAGAAUUCAGUGCCUUGUCUAACAACUCGCACCUCUGAGGAGGUAUUGCGAGCUCCUGGAAGUCCAAGCAUGGGAUGGCCUAGUAGCCCAACCACCGCACAUCGGGACUUGACAUCAAGCAGCCUGAACGAUAUUUCAGACAAGCCAGAAAAAGACCAGCUGAAGAACAAGUUUAUGAAGAAGCUACCCAGAGAUGCUGAAGCUUCCAAUGUUCUCGUUGGAGAAGUGGACUUCCUAGACAGUCCUUUUGUGGCCUUCGUAAGGCUGCAGCAGGCUGUUAUGCUGGGGGCGCUGACUGAAGUGCCUGUGCCCACUAGAUUUCUGUUCAUUCUUCUUGGGCCCAAAGGCAAAGCCAAGUCAUAUCAUGAAAUCGGCAGAGCAAUCGCUACCCUGAUGUCUGAUGAGGUCUUCCAUGAAAUUGCAUACAAAGCCAAGGACAGACAAGAUCUCCUUGCUGGCAUCGAUGAGUUCUUGGAUGAGGUCAUCGUCCUCCCGCCAGGAGAAUGGGACCCUGCCAUCAGAAUAGAGCCUCCCAAAUCCUUGCCAUCCUCAGAUAAAAGAAAGAACAUGUAUGUUGGAGGGGACAGUACACAGAUGAAUGGAGACACACCUCACAGCGAUGGACAUGGGGGCGGGGGGCACGCAGUAGGAGAGGAGCUGAAAAAGACGGGGAGGUUUUGUGGAGGCCUUAUACUUGAUGUCAAAAGAAAAAUCCCCUUCUUCUUCAGCGAUUUCUAUGAUGCACUACACAUCCAGUCUUUGUCUGCCAUUCUUUUCAUCUACCUGGGAACAGUAACCAAUGCCAUCACUUUCGGAGGAUUGCUAGGGGACGCCACAGAAAACAUGCAGGGUGUGCUGGAGAGCUUUCUGGGUACAGCGGUGACUGGAGCUGUCUUCUGUCUCCUAGCUGGGCAGCCUUUGACCAUCCUCAGCAGUACAGGGCCAGUGCUUGUGUUUGAAAGGCUUCUCUUCAACUUCAGCAGGGAUAAUGACUUUGACUACCUAGAAUUCCGUCUUUGGAUUGGUCUGUGGUCGGCUUUCUACUGCCUUGUCCUGGUAGCCACUGAUGCUAGCUUCCUGGUGCAGUAUUUCACACGAUUUACAGAAGAAGGAUUCUCUUCCCUUAUCAGCUUCAUCUUCAUCUACGAUGCUUUCAAGAAGAUGCUGAAAUUAGCCCAUUAUUACCCAAUCAACUCGGACUACAAAAUCGAUUAUGUCACGCAAUAUGACUGCAUGUGUAUGGCGCCCCCUGUUGUUAACACUUCAGACGUGUUCAUUGAUCCACUUGAUGAAACAUCAAUCUGGAUUGUAAAUUACACUGAUACACAUCUAAAUACUAGCUGGUCAUCCCUAUCUAAGAAGGAAUGUCUGAAAAUGGGUGGGGAACUCGUGGGCAAUGCCUGCAACUUUGUGCCCGACAUCACCCUCAUUUCUUUCAUCCUUUUUUUUGGCACCUACACCUGCUCCAUGUGUCUCAAGAAAUUCAAGACCAGCCCUUUCUUUCCUACUACUGUGAGAAAACUCAUAAGCGACUUCGCCAUUAUUCUGGCCAUUUUGAUCUUUUGUGGUGUCGACGCUCUGGUUGGGGUAGAUACGCCAAAGCUCAUAGUGCCAAGUGAAUUUAAGCCAACAAGCCCAAACCGUGGUUGGUUUGUGCCACCGUUUGGAGGUAACCCCUGGUGGGUGUACCUGGCAGCAGCUCUUCCUGCUCUGCUGGUCACCAUCCUGCUCUUCAUGGAUCAACAGAUCACCGCUGUCAUUGUCAAUCGCAAGGAGCACAAGCUUAAGAAAGGUGCAGGCUACCAUCUGGACUUGUUUUGGGUUGCUGUUCUGUUAGCACUGUGCUCUUUUAUGGGUCUGCCCUGGUAUGUAGCUGCUACAGUUAUUUCCAUUGCUCACAUUGACAGCUUGAAGAUGGAGACAGAAACAUCUGCCCCUGGUGAACAGCCCAAAUUUUUGGGUGUCAGGGAACAGAGAGUCACUGGUGUCAUGGUCUUCAUUCUCACUGGUCUGUCAGUCUUCAUGUCUCCUAUCCUCAAGUUCAUACCCAUGCCAGUGCUAUAUGGAGUGUUCCUCUACAUGGGAGUUGCCUCACUUAAUGGAGUACAGUUUAUGGACCGGCUGAAGCUACUCCUCAUGCCUGCCAAACACCAGCCAGACCUGGUCUACCUGCGACAUGUUCCACUGAGGAAGGUUCAUCUCUUCACUUUCGUCCAGCUGCUCUGCCUAGCGCUCCUCUGGAUCCUCAAAUCCACUGUGGCGGCCAUCAUCUUCCCUGUCAUGAUCUUGGCUCUGGUUGCUGUGAGGAAGGCAUUGGACUAUGUCUUCUCUCAGCAUGAUCUCAGCUUCCUGGAUGAUGUGAUACCUGAGAAGGACAAGAAAAAGAAAGAGGAUGAGAAGAAAAAGAAAAAGAAGAAACAAGGGAGCAUAGACAGUGACGUGGAAGAUUCUGAUUACCCUUUCAAUGAAAACAUCCCCAGCAUUAAAAUCCAAAUGGACAUGAUGGAGCAGGAGCCUUUUUUAGGAGAUAAGGCCUCCGACAGAGAAAAGUCCCCUUCAUUCCUUGACCGAUAUACAUCAUGCUGAAAAGCAGCACUACUUUCAGACCAGCCCAAUGUCAAGUUCAGAGAGAGUGCCAUUAAAUGUGCCUCAGAUUCAAAUAGAUAUGGACCCAGAUGACAACAAUGGCUACUACUGGAGGAGUCGAGGGUCUGAGACGUCCAUAUAACUCCUCCUCGUGCACUUGUUCGCCAAUCUGCAACAGAUUUUAUUAAGCUCUUUGAUCACACUAAGUUCUUCCAAUUUGCAGAAAGCCAUUUGUCAAGGAAUAUUUUUGAAGACUGUUCCUCAUCAGGGAUACUUUCUGUAAAGAGUAAAAAACAGCUUGAGAAAUGCUUAUCUUCCACCUAAUCACUAUGGUUCAUAGGUUAUAAUUCCUAAACUACUAUGCAAUUCAGUUCAUUGUAUCACAUGAACUGAGCUGUAGAAAAAUGCUGUUGCUUUUUUCCUCAAAGGUGAAAGGACUAUGACCUUUAUUAUUCAUUCAAUACUCCCUCCAUUAUUUCUACCAAUUUCACAAAAUACGUCAAUGUUUUCUAUGUCCUUUAUGCUGCUCUACCUCUGUUUUACAUGGUAGGCAUUAUGUAAAACACAGACUUAAUACUUUUUAUUAUUAUUUGCACAGCAUGAGAUUUUAAUGUUGAUCUUAUUUUAGUGUACAUCUUGAACAAACUUUUAAAGAAAUUACUUAUGAGAGAACACCUGUGAAAUAGUAUAUUGUAAUAUUUAGCUGUUGAUUAACAUUUGAAUGAUAUUUAAUGUUAUUGAUCCUGAUCCUGCUGUUUUUCAUAAUUUAAUAUAAAUUUCUAUUACAUUUAAUUUAUAUGCUUUAACAAACAAAAUGUAUGCCCAAUUACCCCCCUGUAGCGUGCAUGCUGUAAAAAUCCUUUAUACCCUGAAGAACCCAACUGUCCAUGUUGAUUCCUACUAACUCGUAACCAUUCUUUCACCAUCUCAUAAUUUAUCAACAACAACAAAAACUGACAUGUCUGUACAGGAUUUUCAAAUUCAACUUCUUUUAACCUUGUAAGUAUUAGAUUUGAUUUUUAAUUUAUAUUUUUGGGGGUAUCUAUGAAAAAGAUGAAAUAUAUUGUGAAAGCAUGUCUGGGGAAAUUCUUGAACAUUUAAACAAUGCUAAUGUAGAGUGUGUAACAUACAUUUUUAAUCAAGUUUUGUGACUGAACAAAACACAGCUGAAAUUAUUUUAGAAUUUAUAUUUUUCAAAGGAAAUGAAUAUUAAAAAUGAACAGAAUGUAUUAAAUUGUCUCCUUGUUUCUUUUUCUCUGAAUUAAUGUGAAUAAAUGGCAUCUCUAAUGCCAAUUUAUCUACUACACUAAGUAUUUUGUGACAUUAACUUACACAUUCUACAAAUACAUCUCUUUUUGUAACACUUAAGUGUCUCGUUGAUUUUUUGAACAUUAGUGGUACAAAUACAAUCUUUUUGCUGUGAAAUCCAGAUAUUAUGUAUUCUACUUCACCCAUAAAAUAGUGAUAUUUGUCUGUUCCACCUCUGUGGUCUUAUGGUUUUAAAAUGUUUAAAUUGUUAUUAAAUAAAUUGUAGUAAAUACCAAUUAUUUAAUUAUUCCUUAAAAUGUGAUACCGAGGGAGGU